AUGUGUAGCUUGAGUUUCUGCAGGAUGGAGGUUCAUCACGGGAUCAGGAAUGCGAGACUUCAAGGGGACUACAGUGAUUAUGCACUGACCGAACCUUGUCCUUUGAGGUCUACUGAUGAUCCUUCGGGGUCUAAAGACGUUCCAGGGAGAGCUUUGGUCACAUGGACCAACAGGAGGAGAAAGCAGGCAAAACGGAGCAAAGGAGCUCGAUCGAGUCGCCACAGAUCGAUCGACCCCAUCACACUCGAUCGAUCCCUACUGCGAAUCGAUCGACACACCUGCUACAGCUCGAUCGAUCCCAUGCAAGAGGAGUCGCUCGAUCGUCAGAAGUCGAUCGAUCCCAUGCAGAGCGAGAGCUCGAUCGAUCCCGUUCUGUCUCAGCCGUUCGAUCAAUCCCGGUCAGAUGAUAUCACAGCCGUUCGAUCUACUUGGUGCAAACCGACUUGA